AUGCAACACAAUAAUGGAUCCGAUACCCAGCAGGAUAUCGCAGACAACACAUACUUGCUCGCGACAAAGGAUUGGAACGGUCUCAACAACGGUGUCUUUCUCGUGAGAAUUAACCGAUGGAGCAUCGACCUUUUCUCGGCGAUUCUCGCACUCCGCCAUUACUGGCCUGAUGCCGAUCUACCCUUUACAGAGCAGAGUGCCAUGGAACUACUGUUGCACGAGGCCCCUUUCAACGAAAAUGUGAUAUGGGUGCCCCAUUGGUGGUUCAACGCCUACGGGCGGGGCAAAGACAAGGAAGACUUUUAA